AUGGUGACGUGGAAUCGGCCGUUGAUAUUUUUCCUAAUUUUUCUUGGAUCCUCAAUUGCGCUGGUUGAAUUUGAUACCGAUUCUGGAAGAAGGGUUUGUCAAUAAUUCAUUUUCUUGUGUUCUUCUUUUCAUUUUUAUUUCCAUAUUCACAAUUUCUUAAAAUAUAAUUUCAUAUUAUUUCAUUGAGAAGCAACAACAUUCAAAAAAGAUAGAGAAAAAACAGAGAAAGUCUCUCAAUUUUUCAUACUCUCUCAAUGCCUUCACAUUUUUUUUCUUCAACACACAAACAUUGCCGCUGGCGCCAGAGAAAGAGACACAAUGUCUUGGAGUUUCACCUUUCUUCUCCCAGCGCCCGGUUAGCUCAGUCGGUAGAGCACCAGACUCUUAAUCUGGCUGUCGCGGGUUCGAGCCCCGCAUCGGGCUGAUGUAAAUUUUUUAUUUUUUUUUAUUUUUAUGAAAAUACAAACAUAUUUUUCAGUUUUUCGUGUGGUCUCUUUGUAUUGGCGCGACAAAUCCUGAAAAAUGUGUUGAAACUGAAUUUUAUGGACAAACUGUUCUGGCAACUUUUGAAGCUGAUUGUUCGGAUUUGAUAUUCAAAGGAUUGUGCAGAGUUGUGAUUGAUGUUGAUGAUGGUUAUACAUUACUUGGAAUAACAUUUAAAGCUGAAACUGGUAUUGAGGAUAUGACAAUAAAUGGCGCAACAACUCUAGGUGCACAAGAACUCAAAGCGUUUGGAGAAUAUGGAAAAGUUAUGAAUGAUUUAUUGAUUGCUUUUGGGCGAUUAUGGAAUGCAGGAAUGGGAGCAUAUAUGAGACAACUAUGGGCAGAAUAUUGUGAUUUAUAUAUUUCGGUGAGUAAUUUCUUUCAAACUUUAUAUUUUAAAAAACUGAUGUCAGUUCUCCGGAUUUUCAAUGGGUGCAUGUUUGGCGCAAAUGGCAGCUGUUCGAUUCAAACAAGAACAAUGGUGGCCACAAGAUCAAAUGUUCUACUACGGUUUCGGAGCUCCACGCUGCGGAAACGGAGAUUUUGCGUAUUAUGUGGAACAAAGUUUGGCGGAUGCUUAUAAUGUGAAUUGGAUGAGUGAUCCGUUCCCAGUUAGUUUUUCUUUUUUGAGCUCUUUUAAUUUGAAAAUCUUAAUUUUUUUAGUCAUACCCAACGACAACGUGCACAGCUACAACAGCAGCUCUUGGAACAUGUUCAAGUUCAUAUUCACAAUGUUGCGUGAGUUAUACUUGUUUCACUUUUUUUGAAACCUUCACAUAUUUUUCAGACCGCAGUUCACUACACUUCAUAUUCCAGUGUUGCUCUGAGCACAUAUGAAUCUUGUCCACUUCUAUGCACAGUGUCAAGUGAGUUUCGCGAAAAAAUCUAAUUUUUCGCUAACUUCUAUUUUCUAGCCACGGUGAACGCUGAUCACUGGACUUAUUAUCAAACAACUGCGGCUGAUGUGGAUAGUCUUACAUGUACCGACACAAUAAAGUUCCCAUAA